CCGCGUUCGACGCUACGCGCACUCUCCCAGCAGCCGACGCCGCACUGACUCUUCCGGCCUCCGGCUGUUCCUUUGGUUCUCUUUUUCUUUUACGGCCGACGACGGUCUUGCUGGGGAUCGCGGUUUGAUGCGCCACGUGUCCGGCACGUCGACGACGGAAACCCGCGCGGCGCUGCACCCUCCUCGACCGCGGUCAGAACCGAGCUCGCGAGUCCGAGCCCGGGCUCCCGGCAGCCUCCCGAAAACGGCCGGCUCGUAGAUGUCCUACGGCCCAUUCGGAUACUCCUACCCAACGUCUUCACAGUUGCUGGUCACCGGGCAGUCUUCGUCGCCGGGUUGCGCCGAGCCGUCUUCGGGAGCGGCGUCCAGCACAUCCAGUGGAGGAGGUGGCGGCGGCGCGCCCGAGAGUCCUAUGGCAGCCGAGCAGCCGGUGUGCUACGAGCCUUCUCGGUUCCUGUACCCGCGGCUCGCCACCGGUCUGGCCGUCAACGGACUCUACCCGUCCACAUACGCGGACCAGUCGGGCUACGUGGCCGCUCUCGGGACCGGAUCCGCAGCCUUCUACCCGUCCUUGGACAACAGAGCCACCUGGGGAACAAUUCCACAAGCCGCUGCCGCCUGCUACCCUUACGACCCUGCGUUAGCAGCGUACAGUCCAUAUGGAGACCGGUACGGAGCGAUGGACAGCGCCGCCAGGCGGAAAAACGCCACGAGAGAAACGACGAACACGCUCAAGGCCUGGCUCUACGAGCACCGCAAGAACCCGUACCCCACCAAAGGCGAGAAGAUCAUGUUGGCCAUCAUCACCAAGAUGACGCUCACUCAGGUGUCCACGUGGUUCGCGAACGCUCGUCGGCGGCUCAAGAAGGAAAAUAAAAUGACCUGGGAACCCCGGAACAAGAACAACGAAUCUGGGGACGACAAGGCCGACGGUGCCGCGUCGGACACCGACAACGACUGCGCAGACAAGGCGGACAGUGACGCUCAACGGGACGUCAAACCAGACCUGCAUGACUCGGACCUGGAGACGAGGAAGCCCCCAAGCUCCCUGGACCGUACCGACGUCAGCUGCCUGGACAUGCAGGGACUGGCGCGGCAGGGCGGGCCGCACCCGUCCCUGCACGCGACCGCUUUCCCAGCAUACUCCGGCAACGCCAUCUCUACUGCCAACAGCAGCAGCAACCACAGUGUCCACGACACGUCGUCGGAUGACGGCAGUGGCCCCAUAUCACCCCACAUGCAACACUCUUCGCUGCGUCAUUCCGGUAGCUACCACGACGACCGCUCCCCCGCAAACGCACUAGUGAUUGUCGACCCCUUAGAAGGCUCCAGGCCAAAAAUCUGGUCCUUGGCUCAAACUGCGACUUCGGACAGCCCGCCUGGACUCCGGCGCUCCCCGGGACUGCCCAUGGGCGACCGCUACGGGUUCCAGCAGAGACUAGUCAGUGACGGCAACGCCGGAAACGCGGCCGCAUCGGGAGGCUAUUACCGGGAUCUACACACGGACCCGAGCUUCAUGUCGACGACGCAGCCUCUGCAUUCGCAACUGAGCCACCAGACGUCCAACAAGCAGUCUUGGCUCAACGGCCACUCCCCCAUGGCCCCGUCUUCGGCCUCAUCGACAGGGCACCCGGACGUGCUCAACCUAACUCCGGAAGGGUCGCCCACGUCGUACGUCCUCUCUCGGUCCAGCCUGGGCUGCAUAUCCCCGCAGCCGCAGCAGUCGUCCAUGUCCACCGUCGGAAGGCGUUUCUCUAUGAGCGAAGACAAGGAGUCCGCAGUCAUGCACUCGGACCAGUGCGUGGUCAAGCCCGAAGCCGGGGUAUACGAGUCCUCCUCUCUGGACAUUGCGACGGGGGAUACAGCCAACUUCUGCCGGCGACAGCAGUCUCUCGUGUCGCUUCAAGGGACGUGCCUGUCGGAAACGGCCACUUCGGCUGCCGCCCUCCCGGUCUCCAGGCUCCCGAUCCAUUCUCCGUACAUGACGACCGGAGGCAAGAUGGACAAAGUUGGUACAAAAGUUGGAUCUCCGCACCUGCAGUCGAACGCUUCCCUCGGCAACAGCAACGGGGGAUCCUGCGCCUCUAACACGGCCUUCAAACUCGUCUCCAAAAGUGAUACGAAGUCCAUCUGACAAGAAGAGUUGGAACAGAACAACGCUUUUUGGCUCCACGAAGACUUCAAGAGCAGUGUGCCGCAGGAGAGCUUUUAGCAAGGAUCCAUAAGACGACAGUGCACAUAUUCAAACUUCGCCUGAGAUCCAAGACGCGCAAACGCCAAGUGGCGGGCAGUCUACGAAGACAAGGACCAUGUGCGCCAGUGACUUAAUCGUCAAAAGUGCUCCAGAGACUGACUAACCGUGUUUGCACCCGCUGUGUUCCUCUCCACAAACUCGAGUUGUGCGUGAGCCUCCCUGGGAUACGGACGGUACGUGUAGCUGGUGUGUGCUACACCCGCCGUCGGAAGGGGCGGCACUUCCUUUAGUCAAGCUUACGUUGCUGACCCAUGUGUCGAACUUCAAGAAACGUAGGCUUCUGCCUUCAACCGUUAGACCAAAGGUAAACAGGACGUUACACCAGGAGGACACAUGAUGUCAUGCCACUAGUAAAUCACACUUGAAUGUCCGAUCAGCAGCUUUACAGCGCUCAGUAUCCCUCCUGAUAGAGUCCCAGGAAGUGUUCAUCAGUAUUACUGCCGCUACCUGGAAGCGGCAGGCCAUCUUAAACCAAACGCUGGCGUGAAUGAUAUGCACACAGCCGUGCGCAUGCCAUUCACGCCAGCGCUUCAUUUUUCCAUCGCACAUAAUUUGUGCAAUAGAGAAGAGCGCUACUUUCAGCGCCAACCACUUCACGAUGUGUAUCUACUCAGCAACCAAAGAUUUGUUCCCUCGUCAGCAGUCACACACCCAGAAUCUCCCAAAGAUGAAAGUGAGCCCCUCGUCUGCCUUGUCGAUUCGGUCAGAACAGAAGCUUUUCGCCGCAAUCUGCUUGAACCUAUAACAACAACAAGAAAAUCCUCUAAAGACGCAGGCAAUUGUAAUUGAUAAUAGUUACAGUCGUUUUAUGUAGGUUUAAGGUACUGUACAUAAUAUACAUAGACACACUUUGCUUCGGGUAAAUGUGCAUGUACAUACAUACUUACCGGCGGUGUUGUAGAGAAGGAAUAUACCCUGUGACGCACCAGUGUUCUAUAUUUUUUUUCUUCUUCUAGAAUUCGCUUUUAGAGAAAGGGCAUUACAUCCGCGUUCAUCGUAUCUGUCCAGCACUUGUAGCAGCCACAGUUUUUGCGCAACCUGUGCGCUCGUGUGAAGGCAUUCUUAAUCGAGGACGUCGAGAUCAAUCACUCAGGUCGUGAGCAGAAGUGCGGGCUCCCGCUGCGGGAGGUUUCACAUUAAGUGUACAAAGAACAAGGUGGGGGAAGGUGAAUCCUAGCCUUGGGAAAUUUGUGAUCGUGAGAUAACCCUAACAGAUGGAAAUGGAAAUUCGCAAGAGGUUCUUUACCAGGGCACAACAGCUCAAAAAUCCUAACAGCUGCCUUUGCGCAGUUCACGCGGCGCAGGUUGGCUGAUCACCCACGAGAUUCGAGAUUUCGCCUCCGUCCCUUCCACCUUCCUUCCUGGCUGCGUCCACUUUCCUUCUCUCGUCGAUUUCUUGGUUUUCUUUCACCGCCAAUAUAAACGUGAAGCUGAGAAACCAGUUGCUAUUCUACGAGCGUCAUCUCGCGCAGGAGAACACCUGGUUUGUCGUCGUCUCUGGGCAAUAUACGUUACUUUUUAUUUCUCGCGCGAAGAUGAACAAAAUGUACAUCUUCGUAAACAAUAGACAUAAUGCGUGAGCCUAAAUUAAUGAUUACCAGCUGCGUAAGACAAAUACUGUGCGAACAGGUUAGCCAAAGACUACGUUUUAAUUUAGAGAGAGACAUUGUUUAAUUUAACUUAAGGUACAAACGCCUGCUGAACCCCCCCCCUCCCCCCCCCCCCCCCCCGGCCCCCCUUCC